AUGCCUCAGAACGAGUAUAUCGAACAGCACAUCAAGAAGCACGGGCGCCGUCUGGAUCACGAGGAGCGGAAGCGUAAGCGGGAGGCCAGAGAGGCGCACAAGAUAUCCGAGAAGGCGCAGAAGCUGACUGGAUGGAAGGGUAAGCAGUUCGCGAAGAAGCGGUAUGCCGAGAAGGUCGCCAUGCGCAAGAAGAUCAAGGCGCAUGAGCAGUCGAAGCUCAAGGGCGCGGCGAAGCCCCUGGAGGACAGCGGCGAGGCGCUGCCCGCGUAUCUGCUUGACAGAGAGCAGGCCAACAGCGCCAAGGCGAUCUCGUCGAGCAUCAAGCAGAAGCGGCUGGAGAAGGCAGACAAGUUCUCCGUGCCGCUGCCCAAGGUGCGCGGGAUCAGCGAGGAGGAGAUGUUCAAGGUGGUCAAGACCGGGAAGUCCAAGACCAAGAGCUGGAAGCGCAUGAUCACCAAGCACACGUUCGUGGGCGAGGGCUUCACGCGCCGCCCCGUGAAGAUGGAGCGCAUCAUCCGCCCGUCGGCGCUGCGCCAGAAAAAGGCCAACGUCACGCACCCCGAGCUCGGCGUCACGGUCUUCCUGCCCAUCCUGGGCGUCAAGAAGAACCCGCAGUCGCCCAUGUACACGCAGCUUGGCGUGCUGACGAAGGGUACGAUCAUCGAGGUCAACGUCUCCGAGCUGGGGAUGGUCACGUCCGGCGGCAAGGUGGUCUGGGGUAAGUAUGCCCAGAUCACCAACGAGCCCGACCGGGACGGCUGUGUCAACGCCGUGCUGCUGGUGUAG